CUUUAUUUAUUUAUUUACUUGUUUAUUUAUGUAUCAGUUUCACCAAUUUACUUGAAAUGUAUUUCUUUUAAUUUUUUCCCCUUUUCUGGAUGGUAAAAUUUGAAGCAAUCAUGACUUUUCUGUUAAGAUUAAUUAUGAGGCUUUAUUUUGUUACUUCAUCAUUUAUUUUUCGGUAAUCUAUAUGAAAAAAUUUGUCUAAUUUCUGGUUUUGUGUGGAUUUUAUUGUCUCAUAAUUAUGCAUUUUGCGAUCUAGGGAUUCCAAUUCAUGCUUCCAUUCAAUUAUCCUUUUGAAUUAAACAUUUUAAUUUCGUUUAUUAGAAUCAUUAACUUGUUAAGUUUUUUGUUGUAAUUUCUAUGUUUCUUUUGUAUUUUCAGGAGCUAAUUGUUUGGAUAAUUUAUUACUUAUUUCAGCUUUUUAAGAUAUAAAGUUAGUAGGAAGUUGGGACUGUAUAAGGUGAUAUUGACCUCCUGGAAGAAUUUGGACUCUGUUAUUAAAAGAUGACUCGUGUUGCUUCUAUGCGAUUGUCCCAUGAACUGAAAAUUCACAAUAGUCAUGGAUGCGGCAGUCAGCACAUUGGUGUGAUGGAAAAAGGCCGACUACAUUUAGUUCAUAUCAAUCUUCCCUCACAUGCUAUGCGACAGGAUGCUUGGAGUCUACAUCUUUUGAGCAGUGUUUGUAUGCCGAUAAGACCUGUAUCUUCCAGGUCUAAUGUCAUUCUCUGCCGAUCUGUUAUAAUUCCUACUGGGGGAAAUGAGAUUCCUGUUCUAAAAUCUGCUAGUACGGCUUUGACAAGGACAUUUGGUACUUUACAUGGAAGCCCCAUUGUACUUCGGUUGGUCCCAGCAGUUGCGAUUAUUGCUUUUGCUACUUGGGGUCUUGGGCCACUUAUGCGGCUGGGCAGGGUUAUCUUUUUCCAUAGGAGCGAUAGCAGUUGGAAGAAAAGUAGAACACAUCAUAUUAUGAGCUAUUAUCUUCAACCUGUGUUGCUGUGGACUGGAGCGACACUCAUCUGCAGAGCAAUAGAUCCAUUAGUUUUACCCUCAGAAGCAAGCCAGGCUGUUAAGCAACGACUUGUAAAUUUUGUGCAAUCAUUAUCAACGGUGCUAGCUUUUUCUUAUUGUUUGUCAAGCUUGAUUCAACAGGCACAAAAAUUCUUUAUGGAGAUGAAUGACUCUAAUGAUGCAAGAAACAUGGGCUUUGAUUUUGCUGGAAAAGCUGUUUAUACUGCAGUAUGGGUUGCUGCUGUAUCAUUGUUCAUGGAGUUGCUUGGUUUUUCUACCCAGAAGUGGGUAACUGCCGGAGGACUUGGAACAGUAUUGAUCACCCUUGCUGGUCGUGAGAUAUUUACAAAUUUUCUUUCAAGUGUAAUGAUCCAUGCAACAAGGCCAUUUGUUGUCAAUGAAUGGAUUCAAACUAAUAUAGACGGCUAUGAAGUUUCAGGGACAGUUGAGCAUGUUGGAUGGUGGUCACCAACAAUUAUAAGAGGUGAUGACCGCGAGGCAGUUCACAUUCCAAACCACAAGUUCACUGUGAAUGUUGUGAGGAACCUUACCCAGAAAACUCAUUGGCGCAUCAAGAAUUACUUUGCCAUUAGUCACUUGGAUGUUGACAAAAUCAAUAAUGUUGUAGCUGACAUGCGGAAGGUUUUAGCCAAAAAUCCUCAAGUAGAGCAGCAAAGAUUGCAUAGAAGAGUAUUUUUGGAAAGUAUCGAUCCAGAAAACCAGGCUCUUAUGAUUUUGGUUUCUUGUUUUGUGAAAACAUCACAUAUUGAAGAAUACCUCUGUGUUAGGGAAUCAAUACUCUUGGAUCUGCUCAGGGUUAUUACCUAUCAUCGGGCCCGGCUUGCGACCCCUAUUCGCACAGUUCAAAAAAUACACAGUGAGACUGAAAUAGAAGAUUUACCAUUUGCUGAUACCAUUUUCAGUCGUUCUAGAGCAGCUACAAACCGUCGACUUCUCCUCAUUGAGCCCUCUUAUAAAAUCAAUGGUGAUGACAAAGUCAAAGCUUCAACACAUUCAAAUGAAGAAAAAGAUAACGUGGAGGAAGUAGCCUCAACAUCUGACUCAAAGGCUAAUAUCAAGUCUGCAUCAAUAUCUACUAUUGACUCCAAAGGAGAUAAGGUUACAGAAUCAUCAACCGUUAACUACAGUUCAAGUUCAAAGGUGUCAUUCUCUGAGGCCCAAAGUAGGAAUCCGGUGCCUGAUGGUUCAGUUGAAGACAACUCUGAAAAGCAAUUCAGUGAGAGCAGGGGUGAAACUUGGAAGGCAACAAGCUCGGGAAGGGCGGAGAUCACUGAGAAGUCUCCAGUUGCUACCCCACAAUCUGCAAAUGACGAAUCUGAAAUCCCAUUGGGGGUUUCACAGGCAAAGCGGGAUGCUGACAAGUACGUUGCACUGCCAUCGGCAGCCAGGCCUUCCUUGGGACAGAACAUCGUUCUUGGUGUUGCUCUGGAGGGCUCAAAACUGACCCUUCCAAUUGAGGAAGAAAUGUCCAUAGAGUCUAAGGAAUUGGGUGCUCACCAGAGUGGAAGUGGGUCUCAUCUGGUUGGCAAGGACAAGAAAGAUGGUCAGAUGCCAGUAGGUCACGGUGGCGCCGCCCCCAAAUAAUUAGUGGGAUAAUUGCGCACCCGCUUGCCGUUAAUAACAAGUAAUGUCCAGCUGUGUUUUUGAAGCUGGCAUUAUUCGUUGUGUACUCAUCCUGUGCUUGUAAAUAAUUAUUGGAUUCAUAAUUCUUGGGGGUAAUCUAACGGGAGGAACAAUCAGCUUCCACGGGCAACCAGCUUUGGAGGAUCAAAUUUGUUGUAUUUAUGCCAAAAUAAAAAGUCGUUUGCACGAUGGUAAUAAAGGCUUUUAGUUUCAAUUUGAAGCAGGAUUCAUUGGGAGGGAGAAUUCGUCAUCCAUCAUGCGGUGAGUCAACUCGAAAACAUGCAAUGGCGAGAUGAGUCCACUUCCAUUACUUUCAAUGGCUCUAAAGUUGCCUCGCAGGAGCAACCGAAGAUAUUCAUGUUGAUAUAAUUCUAGAUCUCAAGUAACCUUCAAAAGUAAAGAGUCCUAAUUGGAUCUCCUCGGUACUAAUGGGUAAUAUUUGAUUCCCUAUCUUCAUAGUUCAUCCC